GAUUCUAAUUGCAAAGACUUGUAUAUAUUGUGCAAGUUGUAUGAAUAAGAAACAUACCUUCAGAAUCAAGAGCUUUGCAUCUCAUUAGUGGUAUCAGAGCCAUCAUCCCUCUCACGAGCUCGAUCAUGGCCACUCCUAAUAAUUCCCCAAACUCUGCUGCCUCAAAAACCUCCACAACUGCUGCUGUCACUGUCCUCAACUCAGGCCUAACCAACGGCCCACUUUCCUUCAACUCAGCCGCGUUUCCGGUGAAACUAACUCCCACAAAUUAUUUAUCUUGGAAGGCUCAAUUUACCUCUUUGCUUGCAGGUUAUGAACUUGAUGGCUAUCUUGAUGGCAGACAUCCCUGUCCAGUUGCAACAGCACCUGAAUACAGCUUAUGGGCACGCCAAGAUCAACUUCUGCGCCAUGCCCUCAUCACAUCCGUCUCGGAGAAUAUUACCCCAUACAUUGCUGCUGCUGCUACAGCCCAACAGGCGUGGGAAACCUUGGCCAAACUCUAUGCUAAUCGUUCCCGCACUCGGGUAAUCACAUUGAAGGAGCGACUUCAAAACAUGAAGCGUGCUGGGCGCUCCGUCUCGGAAUAUCUACGAGACCUGAAAACAGUUGCCGAUGAACUUGGAAUCGUGGAUCAACCAUUAACCGACGAUGAUCUCACGGUAUACAUCCUCAACGGGUUGGGAUCAGAAUUUAGAGAAAUUGCUGCGUCUCUCCGAGCUCGCGAUUCAUCUCUUUCCUUUGAUGAUUUGCAUGACCGACUUGUUGCUCAUGAAGAGAGGCUUCAUAGGGAAGACAAUCGAGUUGAUUUAACUCCAGCAACUGCUCACUUUGCUGCUGCCCCGAUGGCACCUCGCUCUGGUAUGCAUUCUUCCUCUUUUAUGGGUACCGGCGCCUCACAAAAUAGGAACUCUGUUUUUUUGCAGCCACCAAACCGUGGCAACAGGGGUGUCCAAAACUCCACCAACAGGACCUAUGGGAAUCGGAAGCGUGGCUUUGGACCCAGAUUCAAUAACAGACCUGGUAAUUUCGCGUGUCAGCUCUGUGGCCACACUGGGCACUUUGCUAAAAAUUGUCCAAAUUAUCGUGUGCAAGCCGUCAGUCCAAUGGCAAAUAUUGCCUCUUCCUUGGUCGCCUUCUCUGAUGACUGUCUCUUGGAUUCUGGGGCCAAUAAUCAUGUUACUACUGACUUGACCAACUUAGCACUUCAUUCUGAAUACAAUGGACCUGAUGAACUGCAAAUUGGCGAUGGUACAGGUUUGAAAAUCACCCAUGUGGGGCACUCCACGCUAUCCACUCCCACUUCUUCUUUACCUUUACGCAAUAUGGUCCAAGUAGUGUCCUCUCCGUUGCCCAAUGUCCCUACCGCCCCAUCUAUUCCCUCUGCACCUGCUAUCCCGAAUGCUCCUCCUCCCCUUCAACCGUCCGUCCUUCACCCUACAUGCCCCACAUCUUCUCCCACUUUAGCACAUGGGCCCUCCCACUCCUCAUCCCCAGCUCACCAUCCUUCGGCCACCUCUCCUGCCACUUCAUCCCAUACCGCCUCCCCAUCUUCCAUAAGCCGUGACAUGCAACCAUCUCCUCCACCAAGGCCCGAUCUUCCUAUCCUCAACCAUCCUACCCGGACCCAUCCCAUGACCACUCGCUCCCUCAACAAUAUCUUUAAACCUAAAGUGUUACAUCAAGCCUUAACCACCUCUCCCAUUGUGGCUAGUACGUGGGAACUGGUUCCACUUGCCCCUACACAGCAUUUGAUUGGUUGCAAGUGGGUAUUUCGUUUAAAGAGGACUAAAGAUGGUACCAUUGAGCGCCAUAAAGCUCGCCUUGUGGCUAAAGGCUUUCAUCAACGCCCAGAACAAUUAUUCAUGAAACAACCGGCUGGGUUUGUGGAUCAUAAUUUUCCUGAUCAUGUAUGUCGGCUCCGGAAAUCCAUUUAUGGCCUUAAACAAGCUCCUCGGGCUUGGUUUCAAGAGCUUAAGGACUUCAUCUUGUCGCAGGGCUUUACACACUCCCAAUCGGAUACUUCGCUUUUUAUUUAUCACAAAGCAUCUACCUGGAUCUAUUUUCUGGUGUACGUAGAUGAUAUUAUCAUUACUGGUAGUGACUCUACUGCCAUUCAUUCCCUGGUUCGUGUCAUGGGGGAUCGGUUUUCCAUUAAGGAUUUGGGCCACCUCAAUUUUUUUCUUGGCGUCGAGGCGAUUCCCACCAGUGGUGGUCUGUUCCUGUCACAGCAUCGGUAUAUUUCUGAUCUCUUACAUCGUUUUCACAUGCAGGAUGCCAAGCCUGUCUCCACCCCUCUCACCUCUACAUGCACUCUUCACCUUCACUCUGGCGAUCCUCUACUCGAUGGGUCUGAAUAUCGGCAGCUUCUGGGUUCCUUGCAAUAUCUGGCCAUGACGCGUCCUGAUCUUUCUUUCGCUGUCAACCGGCUGUCUUAGUUCAUGCAUCAACCUACCACUGUCCAUUGGCAGGCUGCUAAGCGGGUGUUGCGUUAUCUGCGGGGUACAUGCUUCCAUGGGCUUCUGCUCCGCCCUCAACCCUCAU